AUGGAAGAAGAGAGCACUUCUGAUGACCCUCUAACUCUAAUUAAGCCAACAACUUCAUUCAAUUCCUUCCCCCAAAAAUUAUCUUCUCCCCUCCUAUCAGAAAAUACACCAGACUUUAAUAAUUUGAUUGACGAAUUUGUUGAUUUAAGCGAGUGGGGUGCUUUGAGUGAUGGCGAUUUGUGCAUGAGUAGGCAAUUAGCUGCAACAAUAGGGCAGGAAGGAGGAGAUGGGAAGGAGGAGGAAGCGAAUUUAGGAAGAAAAGAAGAGGAGAUGAAUACUGAGGAGAAAAAAGGAGAAAAUGAAGAAAUGGAGGAAGAGGAUGAGUUUGAGGAAGAGGAGGUUGAAUUUUGUGAGAUUAAUCAGGUUGUCAAGCCUACUGGAAAUUUAAACAAUUCUGUGGGUGAAUGGCACCAGUUUGCCGAACAAAACAUUAAAUACGAGAACAACAAUAAUAUGAAUGUGAAUUAUUUAAACAAUGGAAACAACAACAUUGUUAGAGAUAGGGAGACGGAAAGCGAGUUUGUUUACCAAUAUAACAACCCUCAAAACGAGGCAUCAUCAUCUUCACCUGGUUCAUUUCUUCAAGUAUCAGACCAUUCCCCGUUAGCUCUUCCACCUCCUCCCAUAGUUAUAUCACCCCAAGAAGUCGACAAUUUAACUAUAACGUUGGAAAAGAAUCAGCAAUGUGCAUGUUCUGAAUGUGGGAAGCUGUUCAACUCUGUUUGGUAUUUAAAACAGCAUGCAGUUAAACACAGUAAUGAUAGGCCAUUUAAAUGCCGGUUUUGUAUGAAGACCUAUAAAUUUCGUUCAAAUCUGUACCAACACAAAUGCCCCGAACGGAAUCGUCUUUUAGUUGCCGGCGAGUUCAAUAUGAUUGGACAUCCAUACCGGCGUCGAGCAUAUACUAGAUCAGCUGACAAGAAAAAAUUGAAAGAGCAUAAAAUACAAAUGUUGCAAAAUCAGAAACAACAAUUUAAUAAUGAUAAGCAACUUAAUGGGGUCAAUCAUCAACAAUCUCUCAAUCCUACAAUCUCAAUAAAUACUACCCCAACACCUUCAUCCACCUUUGGCAAGGAGUUGUAUUCUCCCCAGCAUGUUUCAGGGCAACAAAAGUAUCCAUCAGGGAUCAAAAGUGAAGAAAAUGGGCUUUUAAUGAUGGGUAAUGGAAUGGGGAAAAAUGGAAAUUUGAAUGGAACAUAUACAAAUUAUUUGGCACAACAAGGAGUGGUGUUUAUGAAUGAUAAUUGCUCCCCAAGUGUUAAUAGCAGUUCAAACUUGGCAACAAAUAAACCAUCCUUUAUGGGUGAAUUAAAUGGGCAAUAUGAAGAUAAUGGAUUUAAUAAUAAAAGUGAAUCUAUUGAGGAAAAUAGAACAUUAUCGACGGAAGUCUUGGAGGAAUAUUUACACAAAAAUAGACACAGGGUAGAGAGAAUUUUAAUUUAG